AAAAAAUAGAAGAGAGAAAAGAGAAAGGAAAAGAAAACUAGGGUUUAUUCUAUAAAUCAAUUUCAUUAAGUGUCAAGGAUUCUAAAUAUGCCUCCCAUUCCAACUAGAAAGCAUGUUCCUGGGAAUAAAAAGCGUAAAAAAAGAAAGCCAUGGCAGCAGUCACAAAGUCCGAAGAAGGAGACAUAAAUAAAUAUUUUCAACCCAUUGCAGCUACAAAUAAUGCACCUGGAGAUGAAACUAUGACUGCUAAUAAUGGUAAUGGUAGCAAUGAAAGUACAAACGAGAAUGAUGCAACGCCAAAUCCUGAUGAUUUGGUCGAUAAUGAUAAUGAUUGGGUGGGGGUACAAAACGAUGAAGUCGAUGAUGAGUAUCAACCAUUAGAUAUUGAUGAUCCAGGGAAUUGGGAUGUUAUUGAUCAAGCUUUGAGAGAUAAGUUGGUCCAAAAAGGCCCAAUAAGAGUUUCAAAAUAUGAAUUUCCUAGGGAUAAAGUAAGUAAAAGGCGUUUUUCUAAUUACUAUUAUGAUCGAACUCUUGUUAAUGGUGAGAAGUGUGAUAGAAGUUGGUUAAUAUAUUCAAUGACCAAAAACAAAGUUUAUUGUUUUUUUUGCAAGUUGUUUAGUAAUCGCAGAAGUGAUAAGCAGUUAGCUUGCGAAGGUUUUCAAGAUCGGGGAAAUUUAAGUACAAAGCUUAAGGAACAUGAAAUUUGUGAUCAGCACUACAAAUGUAUGCUAAAAUGGACUGAAUUGGAGAUGAGAUUGAGAAAGGUACAGACCAUUGACAAAGGUAUGCAAGAACUGAUCAAAAAAGAAAAAGCACACUGGAGGAAAGUAUUAGAGAGGAUAGUUAUCCUUGUAAAAACCUUAUCAAGAAGAAGUUUAGCAUUUCGUGGAGAUAAUGAAACGAUUAGUCAACCAAACAAUGAAUUUUUUUUGGGAUUCAUUGAAUGGGCAGCUGAAUUCGAUGAGGUAAUGAAAAUGCAUCUUCAUGGUAUACAAAAUGAUGAAAUUCAUUAUCAUUAUCUUAGUAAGAAGAUUCAAAAUGAGUUCAUAUUGAGGUUGGCCAAUGAAACGAAAAGUAUGAUUCUUAAGAAGAUACGAGAAGCUAAAUAUUUUUCUGUGAUACUGGAUUGUACUCCGGAUGUCAGUCAUGAAGAACAAAUGACUCUUGUGAUUAGAUGUGUCGAUACUUAUAGUACUCCAGUAAAAGUGGAAGAGUUCUUCUUAGGGUUCUUAAAGGUGGAUGACUCAACUGGUCAAGGCCUUUUUCGUGUGCUUCAAGAUAAAUUGAGCGAUCUUCAACUUGACAUUGGUAACGUAAGAGGCCAAGGAUAUGACAACGGUGCCAAUAUGAAAGGAUUGCAUAAAGGUUUACAAAAAAGGAUGCUUCAGGUAAACCCUAGAUCAUUUUACACUCCAUGCGGUUGUCAUAGUCUUAAUCUUACUAUCAGCGAUAUGGUCAAGUGUAGCCCUUGUGGAGGUACUUUUUUUGGUGCACUUCAAAGUAUUUAUGUGAUGUUUUCAGCUUCUCCAAAGCGGUGGAAAGUUUUCAAGGAUAAGGUGAAAGGUUCAUAGGGAAUUACAUUGAAAAAAUUGUUUCAAACAAGGUGGUAGAGUCGAGUGGAAAGUGUUAAAGCAGUACGAAAACAAGCCCCAAAAAUUCGAGAAGCUCUAGCGUAUUUCGCAGAGAAUUGUGAAGAGGAAAAGGUGAGGCAUGACGCCGAGAACAUUAUUGAACGAGACAUGGAGAAUUUUGAGUUGUUGCUUAGUAUGGUUAUCUGGCAUAAUAUCUUAUUCGCUGUGGAUGUCGUUAGCAAAACACUUCAAGGGAAAGAUAUCGACAUAAAUAAUGUUUUUCAGAAAUUAA